AUGGCAUCUCUCCAGGAUCCCGACCGCCGUGCUGCACGUCUUCGAACAAGGUUCAGAGAGACGGUGUCGGGCAACCGGCAAGUCCGCACUCGCCAGGAUGCCGAGUUGUUCUUAGAAGCCAUUCGUGGACAGCAACCCCCAGCUCAGUGUGUCGAAGUCCUUGUUUCCAGCCCGCACGGCCUCGAAGCUGUUGCGAACGCUAUCCGCUUCGAUCUUUCCCGCUCUUUCAUCUUCACGCACACUCUUCCCUUCUUGCGAUAUCUGUCAGACCCCGGGGUCAAGACCUUAGUCUAUGGGCAGCUCCUUGAAAAGGUGCUACUGGUUGUUGUCAACCCGCCGAUCGUGUUGAACGAACUCAUCAAGCUGUUUGAUGCACGUCAGAUUCCCGAUGAUGGCCUCUAUGCUUUUGCAUGGCUGGCCGUCGAGCUUGUUUUGCUUCCUCUUGAUGUCAAUGUUGAUGUGUCGGCCGUGAUCAAGUCCGUAUCAGAUGGACAACAAUUCCUCAACUCUCAGGACCAUGCGACGCGCGAGCUAGGCUACAAGCUCCAGAAUGUCCUCCAGAUCAGAGGUUCUGGCGAACAACCUAGUGGCCCUAACGGACCUGGCGGCCGUCACGACAAUGAUUUCAGCGACUUCCGCCACAUCCGCAUCUAUCCAACCCCGGAUGAGUUUCUUUCCAACCAGUUGCCGUACUACCAGACGGCCCGGGAGGUCUUCGAAACCGAUGAGGAGAAACGCCCGGCGGCCCAUCUUGACAACCAAUUCAGAUUGCUAAGGGAAGACAUGCUGGCCGAGCUGCGCGAAGACGUGAAGGCUGCCUUUGGAAAGAAAGGAGGUCGGAAUUCGUUCGUCACAUGUCUUGGCGGACUCGUGCCUUCUGGAAUCGACAUUGAGGAUGAGGCAACGGGAAGGUACAAACGAUGCACCCUCUUGCUGAAGUGCUACGCCGGCCUUAACUUCCUCCAAAACCAUGACUCUGCCAGCGCGCGGAAAAAGUAUCUGCAGGAUCAACCAAAUCUCCUCAAACACCAGUCGUUUGGCGUCCUUUGCCGAGGCCAGGAGGUCUUUGCCUUCGCUUUCGUCGAGCGUGACAUCGACAAACUUGCCAAGUCACCUCCUGUCGUUUGCCUCCAAUUAACUGACGAUCAUGGACUACGGAACGCUUUGCUCGCACUCACCCUCCCGGGAAAGGAACUGGUCCAGUUCAUCAUGGUCGGGACACCUGUCUUUGCAUACGAACCCGUCCUGGUGGGCUUGCAACGAAUGACAGACGUACCACUUUUCCAUCUUCUGGUCAACCCGGCGAGCGCGUCGAAUUUCGGCAGCGAGACAAGCGCCAGAUUGCAGCUUCUCGUAGAGAGAAUCGAAAAGGCCGGUCAGGGUUCGCGGUCUCUAUGUAUUGUCCUACGACCGGCAACUGGACUCACCUCCAAAGUCGAAAUCGACGAGUCGCAACUCGCCGCCCUCCUCCUCGCCUUAAAGAAUCCAGUAAGCCUGAUUCAAGGACCCCCAGGCACCGGCAAGUCCUUCAUUGGAGCACAGAUCGCCCGCUGUUUUGUUACCGCUGGCCUACGGAUUCUUGUUCUCAGUUACACAAAUCACGCUCUUGACCAAUUUCUGGAAGAUCUGAUCAAGGCUGGGAUUGAACCAUCUUCGAUGGUUCGCCUUGGUGCCAAAAACAGAUGCACUUCUACCACCCUACCACUUCUCUUGUCGGAACAAAAGGGCAAAUACCGCCGCUCCCGAGUCGCAUGGGAUUUAAUCAACUCGCUGAGGAUCACCCUUGCUGGAUCGGGCCGAGAGCUCAAGGACGCUUUUCGGAAGUAUCAACACGUGUCGGUUGGAUGGGCCGACAUCUCGGAAUACUUGGAGUUCUCCGACGAAGGCCCACACUUCCUUGACGCCCUUCGAGUUCCCACGGCCAAUGGCGAGUGGAAGCGCGCAGGAAGAAGGGGCAAGCAAGUAGGCCCAGAUUAUCUCUAUUUGCGGUGGAUUAAGGGUGAAGACCCCGGAAUCUUUGCGAGGGAACUUCCAGGGAGCGCAAAAGCUGUCUGGGACAUGCCACGUUCUGUUCGCGAGCAGCAUGCUCAGAGAUGGAUGAAAUCCUUGGCGGAGGAGGUCCUGGAAAUCAUCCAGGAGCUUAGCCGUCAGGUAAAUGAGAUGCAAGACAAGAUCGAUGUUCACUUUAGCGAGGCGGACGUUUCAAUCUUGCUCCAAAAGUCCAUUAUCGGCUGUACCACCACUGGGGCUGCCAAAUACGCCAGCUUGAUUCGGUCGGCCAAACCAGAUGUUGUUCUGGUUGAAGAAGCUGGAGAAAUCCUCGAAAGUCAUAUCCUUACAGCUCUGACAGCAACGGUGAAACAUCUGGUCCUCAUCGGAGAUCACAAGCAACUGCGCCCAAAGAUCAACAACUACGCCCUGUCGGUGGAAAAGGGGGAUGGUUUUGACUUGAAUGUCUCUCUAUUCGAGCGCUUGAUCAACCAAGGCACGCCAUAUGCGACAUUGCACAAGCAGCACCGCAUGACCCCAGAGAUAUCGGUGUUUGCCCGUAAGCUCACCUAUCCCGACCUGCUCGAUGCCCCACAAACCAGCGAUCGACCACAAAUUCACGGCCUCCGGGACCGAGUUGUGUUCCUGAACCAUGGGAAGCAGGAGGACUCGGAUAAUCAGUUACGUGACCGCCGCGAUCCCAGCAUCAAAGAGAGCAAGAAAAACGUCUUCGAGGCAGAGAUGGUCUUGCGCUGUGUGAAAUACUUUGGCCAACAAGGCUAUUCCUCGGACAAAAUCGUCGUCUUGACGCCCUAUUUGGGGCAGCUGCGGGUUAUCCAAGACGUCUUGCGCAAGAACAACCAUGAUCCCACGAUAAGCGAGAUGGACAAGGCCGAACUGAUCCGAGCGGGUUUGAUCAGCGAAGCUGCUGCAAGCCUAGACAGGAAGCCUCUCCGCGUCUCAACCAUAGGUCUGGCCUUUUAUUGCCCCUCGCCUCCCAGCGUUUAUAACUAUCAAGGCGAAGAGAGCGACAUUGUGAUCGCCUCUCUUACCCGUAGCAAUGAGUCUGGCGAUAUAGGGUUCAUGGCGGCACCGGAGCGUCUCAAUGUUCUCAUCACUCGAGCUCGCAAUUGUAUCAUCCUAAUCGGCAACAUGAAUACUUUCAUGAGGAGCAAGAAAGGCAAGGCCACUUGGCAUCCGUUCUUCCAGUUGUUGAAGGAGCGCGGCCACCUCUACGAUGGUCUUCCAGUCAAGUGUGAAAAGCAUCCUGAAAGAACUGCAGUACUUAAGGAGCCCAUCGACUUUGACAAAUCAUGCCCAGAUGGGGGGUGCACCGAGCCAUGUGGCGAGCCGCUGAAAUGCGGUGUUCACGUAUGCAGAUCACGCUGUCAUCGGGUCGUAGAUCACAGCAGAGCCGAGUGCAACCAGCUUGUUGAGAAGCUGUGCGACAGACAACACAGGACCAAAGUUCGCUGUGGCAAACAGAAAGAUGGCUGUUCAGAGUGCAUCCAGGAGGACAGGGAACAGGAGCGCAGAAUCAAGCGCGACCUACAACUCGAGGAAGACCGCCGUCGACGGGAAGAGGAGUACACUCGGAAGCUUCAAGAGAUCCAGGAUGAGCUCGAGCAUCAACGCCGUGUCAACAAGUACCACGCGGACGAGGAGAUCCGGAAGCAGACCCUUGAUCAGCAUCAAUCGGAGUUGGCCGCCCUGAAGGAUGCGGAGGUGAAACUCAGGGAACGAAAUAAGCGUAGCGCAGAGCUCGCUGCUCAGGCACCUGAAAGGGCCCAAGCUCAGGCCGAAAAGCGAACAAGAGAGGAACCAUCCCAUGCCUCGCCCGAUGAAGCUGCAUGGUCCGAUGAUGCCAAGUCGGACUGGGAGUUUCAAAAGCAGUUCGAGAUGGCGCAGAGCAAGCCACUGGUGGAGUUGAUGGACAAGUUGAUGGACAUGAUUGGGUUGGAGGAGGUCAAGAAAGAGUUCCUCAGAAUCAAGUCUCGAGUUGAAAUCGACGUGCGUCGGGGGACUUCCAUGGCGUUGGGACGAUUCAGUUGUGCAAUGCUGGGUAAUCCGGGAACUGCAGGUAAAACUACCGUCGCCCGUCUUUAUGCGCAGUUCCUCAGCGAAAUUGGUGUUAUUCCUGGUACCAGCUUCAAGGAAAACACAGGUGCAGGACUGGCCAACAUAGGAGUCUCGGGGUGCAAUAAGCUCAUCGAGGAGAUUCUGAACAAUGGCGGAGGCGUCCUCUUCAUUGACGAGGCCUAUCAGCUGACUUCCGGCAACAAUCCAGGCGGGGGGGCUGUGCUGGAUUAUUUGCUUGCCGAAGUCGAGAACCUCAGGGGCAAGGUUGUUUUCAUCCUGGCCGGAUACCGCAAACAAAUGGAGAGUUUCUUUGCGCACAACCAAGGGCUUCCGAGCCGAUUCCCCAUCGAAAUGGCAUUUGCAGACUAUACGGAUGACGAGCUCCUGAGGAUCCUCGAAUUGAAGGUUAACGAGAGGUACAACCAUGCGAUGGAUUGCGAAGAUGGGCUGAGAGGUCUGUAUUGCCGUAUUGUGGCUCGAAGAAUUGGAAGAGGCCGGGGGAAGGAAGGCUUUGGAAAUGCGCGAGCGGUUGAGAACGCGCUCGAGGUUAUUGCAGGACGACAGGCCGACCGGAUCCGACAAGCCCGCAAGAAUGGGUCCAAACCAGACGACUUGUUGUUCACUAAGGAGGAUCUAAUCGGCCCGGAGCCAGCCGGUGCUCUGGCGAAUUGCCCGGCCUGGAAGAAGCUCCAAGAUUUGAUCGGUCUAGGCGCCGUCAAGGAAGCAGUUGGUUCUCUUGUCGACAGUAUCCAACAGAACUACCUUCGCGAACUGGCCGAGCAACCUCUGAUCGAGUACUCGCUCAACAAGGUCUUCCUCGGGAAUCCCGGCACAGGAAAGACCACUGUAGCGAAGCUCUAUGGUGAGAUUCUUGUAGCGCUCGGGUUGCUGUCUAAAGGGGAAGUCGUCGUGAAGAACCCGUCCGAUUUUGUUGGUGGGGCGCUGGGACAGUCCGAGCAGCAGACGAAAGGCAUUCUCGCCGCCACACUCGGGAAAGUCCUUGUCAUUGACGAGGCGUAUGGUCUUUAUGGCGGUGGCGGUAAUCAGGGCGCGUCUUCGGAUCCGUACAAGACAGCUGUCAUCGACACCAUUGUGGCAGAGGUUCAAAGCGUCCCGGGCGAUGACCGUUGCGUCCUGUUGCUCGGGUACAAGGACCAGAUGGAGAAGAUGUUCCAGAACGUCAACCCCGGCCUGAGCCGCCGGUUUCCCAUUGCGUCGGGUUUCGUCUUUGAAGACUUCUCAGAUGACGAACUUCGCAAAAUCUUCAACCUCAAGGUCAAGAGCCAGGGUUACCAAACGACUGAGUCUGGAACCAAUGUAGCAAUGGAGAUCCUGAAGAGGGCGCGAAACCGACCCAACUUUGGCAAUGCGGGAGAAGUCGACAUUCUUCUUAACGACGCGAAGGCCCGUCACCAGAAGAGGUUCUCCAAAGGAGAAGCAAGUUCGGCUGACCUGCUGGAACCACUGGAUUUUGAUGAGGACUGCGACCGGGCGGAGAGAGCAGAGACCAACAUUCGGAGUCUUUUCGAAGGUACGGUUGGUUGCGAGCAGACCGUGUCACUGCUUCAGGGCUACCAAGACACGGCCCGCACACUGAGAGCUCUGGGUAUGGACCCGAAGCAGAAUAUUCCCUUCAACUUCCUGUUCCGAGGGCCCCCAGGCACCGGCAAGACCACCACAGCCAAAAAGAUGGGCCAGGUGUUCUAUGACAUGGGGUUUCUCGCCACGUCAGAGGUUGUCGAGUGUUCCGCAACGGAUCUCAUCGGCCAGUAUGUCGGGCAAACCGGGCCAAAGGUUCAGCAGCUUUUGGAUAAAGCCCUGGGAAAGGUGCUCUUUGUCGACGAGGCUUACCGUCUGGCUGAGGGACACUUCGCGAAGGAGGCAAUGGACGAGCUAGUGGACUUGGUGACCAAGGAGAGGUAUUUCAAGAAGCUGAUCAUCAUUCUGGCGGGCUACGAGGCCGAUAUUAACCGUCUUAUGUCGGUCAACUCGGGCUUGACGUCCCGUUUCCCGGCCACGGUUAACUUCAGAGCGCUCACGGCUGACGAGUGCAUCUCGUUGAUGCUCCAGCUGCUGACGACCCAGAAGGACGCUCUGAAAGCGAAGGGCAAGGAGUUGGAUCUGACCUGCCUGGAACGACCCACGGAGCAGUUCCGGCGGGUCUUGCUCGGCGAGUUCACAAAACUCGGUGCACAGCAAAGCUGGGCCAGCGCUCGGGACGUGCAGGAGUUGGCAAGGGCAAGCUUCAACAGAGUUCUCGGUGAUAAGGAAGGCCUUGCCAGAGGUGUCCUUGCACUCAAUGAGAAUGCCAUCGUCGAGGAGCUGCAAGCGAUGUGGAAGGAGCGGGAGUCCAGGGCAAGCUCCGCCAAACCCGCGACCUUGGAUCUAGGGGAUAUCUUCCAGUUACAGAAUGCGCCGACCCCAUGCGCAGCUGGACCUCCCAAGAUGUCGACUGCCAUCUCCACGACGCAAGCCACAGCCAAAGACCCAGAAGACGGGGAUGAGUCACCCGGGGAACCUCAGCAGCCGGUCCAAGACGCUGCGAUGCGCGCUGAAAUUGACAACGGCUACCGACCAAGACAUGCUCAGCGCGACGCGGGCGUGAGCGACGAGGUCUGGGAGCAGUUGCAGCGCGACCGUCAGGCUGAAGAGGAGCGAGAGGAAGAGUACCGACGCCUUCAAGAGGCGGCACGCAAGGCGACGGCUGAUGCCAGGGAGAAGAUUGUCACACGGCUGCUUGAGGAGAAGAAGCGGAGGGAGAUGGAGGAGGCUGCGAAAAAGAAGCUGAUGGAGAUGUGUGCCUGUCCGGCAGGGUUCAAUUGGAUCAAACAGAAAGGGGGAUAUCGUUGUGCUGGCGGGUCGCAUUGGAUGAGUGAUGCGCAGUUGGGCUUUAAGGAGUAA